AAGGUGUACCUAAUAAAAUGGCCAGUGAGUGUAAAUACAGUAUAUCUGUCAGAAAAAAAUCAGGGUGAAAUAUAUUUCUUUUCCACUUUUAAGCAAAUAUUCUUGUUUAGCAUCUUGAUUUAAGAAUGAUUACAUGUUUUUAUUGUUAAAUAACGAAACACGAAAGUAAAUUGUGCUGUUUAAGCAUGAAUUUUCAUGAAUAUUGAUGUGUGUUGCAGAUUAGAAACUUAGAUUUUUGGAGAAUAGGAUUAAUGUUAGAUUAUGAGAAAUCCUUCUGCAAGUCAACUGCUUUGUCAGCAAAUAAAUGCAAUUUAUGGAGAUAUUUUCUGAAAACCUGAAGGGACACAGGAUAAUUUUCUUAGGAAAAAAGGCAGAAAAAGAGUCUAUUGUAGUCCAGCAGGUUGUCAGACAGAAUGAAAAGCAUGUCUAUGACUGUACUGUGGCAUCUUUAGUGGAUCAGAGUGUCUCUUAUGCACUGAGGGUGUGUGUUUUGUGUGUGAGGUGUUAUAUUUAGGCCACAUGCCUUCAGUGUCAGGAGGGACGCUUCACUUUGAGAUGUAAAUAGAUGUUCAUUCUCUGACCUCUGUGCAGUUCGGGCCCUCGUGACCAUGUGACCCUCUGUGUGUCAGCCAGAAGCCUGGACCACGAGGUACAGCUGGGGGAAAGGACUGAAUAAUUUAACCAGCGCGCAAAGCUCCGCGCAAUGGAGGAACCGGGUCCGAUGGGUGAAUAACGGCCAGGUGUUCAGUUUAAUGAGCACCGGCUCCGAGUUUCACGCUCCGGUUCCGUCCAGGAGACAGUCCAGGGUGUAUCAGAGCAGCAGGACGGAUGCUGUUCCCGGCAGAAGCAUGCAAAUUCGGCUAGAAGCGAUGGAUAGACCUGCUAACAGCGCGCCGGACAGUGCGCUUUUGGGUCCGGACCGCGCGCAAUACAUCAUGGCGAACAGCCGCGCUCCUGGAGCCAGACAAAUGCAGGUCAUGCAGAGACACAGAGCUCCUCCAGCAAGCAGAAAUAACUCUACGGUCCCUUCGGAAUAUUCAGGUGGAGGUGGAAGAACUGGGGAAAACACCCGGAGAGGGCAAGCGGUUGCGAAUUUCCAACAAAUCGCAGCACCGACGGACAAUUCAAACACCGUCAAUUCAGAUAAUGGAAAUGAAGCGCGAACUCCAAAUGUGCCAGCCGAGCAGGGAGCUACAUCUGAAACUAUGCCUGGAGAUGAUCCGAGAAACAGGAAUACAGUUUUUUAUAACAUUUAUCCACCCGGCGGUAGGACGAUUAUUCCCCGCCGACCGCCGCCUGGCACCGGUUAUGGCACCAGAUUUUUCCAAAAUGGUCUGCCGGAUCUUGUGCCAGAUCCAUACUCCAUCCAGGCGGGUUCAUACAUCCAGCGCGUCCAGAUGUACGCGCUCCGGUGCGCGGCGGAGGAGAACUGCCUAGCGCGAACUGCUUACAGACCAACAGUCAGAGAUCUGGACUACAGGGUUCUGCUCCGAUUCCCGCAGAAGGUGCGAAACAUGGGAACGGCGGACUUUCUGCCCGUCAAACCCAGGCAUCAGUGGGAGUGGCACAGCUGCCAUCAGCAUUAUCACAGCAUGGACGCGUUCAGUCACUAUGAUCUGCUGGACAUCAGCACUGGACGGAAGGUUGCAGAAGGACACAAGGCCAGUUUCUGUCUGGAAGACACAGGCUGUGAUCCUGGCUUUCACCGCAGAUACGCCUGCACCGCACACACACAGGGUUUGAGUCCAGGCUGCCAUGACACAUACGCUGCCAACAUCGACUGUCAGUGGAUCGACAUCACAGAUGUCCCGCCUGGAAACUACUUUCUCAAGGUGACGGUGAAUCCGGAUUUCCUGGUGGCCGAGUCGGAUUUCUCCAAUAACGUGGUGCGAUGUGAAGUCAUUUACACUGGCAUUUACAUCCAGACCAGAAACUGCAUCAUAACUGGGAGUUAAAGUCUUCAGACUAACAAGUUGUUCUAAAGACCUAUAAAAUAGGUUUACUUAUAAUAAUUUGAUAGAUUUUUUAUAUGCAAUUUUUGGGAUAACUUGAACCAUUCAAUAUAGCUGUUGGAAUAAUAUGUAAUGACUAAAGUACUGUAUAUGUGUUUUAAAUGGCUUCAUGCGAACGUUUGCAUUAGACGGUUAUUUUUGCAUAUUUUUUUAAAUGAAGAGCUUUUUAGUGUUUGUAUUUAUUACAUUUGUACUAUUAUUAUUAUUAAUGAUUGCAACGUUUCUUUUAAGCAGAGGGUUGUUUGGUGCUUUAUUAGCUGAUGGUGAAUAUUGUGUUUACCACUAGUGUCAGAUAUAGACACGGCGUUUGGUUCUGCAGCAGUCAGUGGAUAUCAUCUGGAGUAUUAUACUGACGUUGUGUGUGUUUGCCAUGAUUAUAAUGAUGCCUCCGUGAAUGCUGGAGCUGAUGGACGAGGCCAGUUGUGGCUUGAGAUGCAAUAAACAGAAAUGCAGAGAAUGUAA